CUAAUCGCUGGCGCAUAUUAUCAGAUGCUCUAAAAAUGGCGGAGGUUCUUUGGUUCUCCUUGCUUUUCGAGCUUUGACGGCGAAAUAUGAAGUCUAGAUCACUGUGCUGUGGCUGCUCUUGGUUCGUCUCCGAUGGCGUCGGAAUCGGCUGUGCUAUUUUUACCUAUUUUCUCGUGGCUUAUGCCGAAAUUGUCGUCGUGUUUGUUAUGUUAUUGCCGGAGAUUCCUUACGCUAGCACCGGUCUGUUCCACGCCGUAUUCUUCACAUUUCUCGCUGUUUUAGCCGUUGUAGCACACGUCCGAGCAAUGAUAACAGAUCCGGGCACAAUUCCUCUUGGUAAUUGUACUACUGAAAAUUUAAAGAGACUUCGCCUGGCUGAGGGGCAAACUGUUCUGCGUUGUACUAGAUGUGAAUGUAUAAAAUUAGAUAGGGCGCAUCACUGCAGCACUUGUCAAAGAUGCAUAAGAAAAAUGGAUCACCAUUGCCCAUGGAUCAAUAACUGUGUUGGAGAGGACAACCAGAAGUUUUUUAUUCUCUUUACAUUUUAUAUAUUUGUUGUAUCAAUUUAUGCCCUUCUGCUGUGUGUGAGGCAAUUAUUUCUCUGUACAGAAAAAGAAUGGUUUGGUUGUACUUCUGUUACUAUGCCGUCAUCCAUACUGCUCAUUAUUUUCCUGGUGUUUGAGGGGCUUCUCUUUGGCAUUUUCACCCUUGUCAUGUUCUGUUCUCAAGUUACGUCAGUAGUUAGGGAUGAAACGGGAAUUGAAAGCCUUAAGAAUGAGCGAAUGUCAAGAAAAACAACAAUGUAUGAAAAUCUCCAAGAUGUCUUUGGGGGGCAGUUCUCUGUACAUUGGCUUUCUCCCUUUGCUGGGCUCUCAACAAAACGAACUUCUUACUCUUUCUACGAGGUCUAAUGCAAACGGACUCCUGCACACAACCUAGCAAGUGGAGUAUGCACAGAAUUAAGGGAAUAUGGACAGAUAGCUCGAAUAAAAGCACUUUCUUAUAUAAUUUAACUAAGCAAGUACAGCUUUUAAAUAUUUCAAGAAAUUCUUCGCUCUUAUAUAUCUGGAAUCACUUAAUAAAAUUCUCUGCAUCGCU